UGUCGGAGUGCUUGACGGCCGUGCGAGGAUGGCGUUACUCUGGGCAACGGCAGCCUCGUUCUCGCCCUCCUCCGCCGGCCUCCGCUGCGCGCUGGCCGGCCGCCGGAAGCACGCCGACCGCCUCGUCUCCGACCUCCGCGGCGCUUCUGCUGACGACCCCUCCGCCGCCGACCGCCUCAUCAGGAAGUUCCUCGCCGCUUCAUCCAAGCCUGCUGCCCUCCACGCCCUCUCCAGCUUCCUCUCCCUCUCCUCCCCUUUCGCGCCCCCCCUCUACGAGCGGAUCAGCGAAGCCAGUUGGUUCAGCUGGAAGCCGAAGCUCGCGGCCACCGUCGUCGCUUUGCUCGAGAAGCAAGGACGCUGCGCCGAGGCUGAAACCCUAACCUUGGAUGCGGUUUCGAGGUCAAAGACCCAUCGAGACCUUGCCCUCUUCUACUGCGACCUCAUCGAGUGCUUCUCCGAGCAAGGGCUGGAGCAACCGGUUCUCGAGACAUACGCGCGGUUGCGAGAAGUUCCCUUCGCCGGGAGGAGGCCUUACGAGUCGAUGAUCAAAGCCCUGUGCUUGAUGGGAAUGCCUGGCGAGGCGGAGGCGAAGCUGAAGGAGAUGGCUUCGUCGGGAUGCAAGCCUUCGCCUUUCGAGUUCAGAUCGGUCAUCCAAAGUUAUGGGCGAUCAGGGCUGUUGUCGGAGAUGCGAAGGGUUGUGGGAUCGAUGGAGGACGCUGGAUUACCGAUCGACACCGUGUGCGUCAACGUGGUUCUUUCGUGUUACGGGCACCAUGGCGAGCUCCCAGAAAUGGCUUCCUGGAUGACGAAGAUGAGAGAGAAAGGCAUCGUGUUCUCGAUUCGGACGUUCAACUGCGUGCUGAACUCAUGUCCAAGGGUCGUCUCGAUCGCGUCCGAUGCCGGAUCUCUUCCUCUCUCGAUGGAGGAACUGCUGCAGAAGCUGGAGAACGAGUCAUCCUCAAGAACAGAGGCACUGCUGGUCCAAGAACUGACAAGCUCAUCUGUGUUGGCUGACAUCUCCGAGUGGUCGCCGUCUGGAUCAAAGCUGGACCUCCAUGGAUUGCACGUCGCCGCAGCAUACAUCAUCCUGUUGAAGUGGAUACAGGAACUCAGGCGACGAUUCCAGGAGGAGGAUGUGAUUCCUCUGGAGAUCUCGGUCAUCUGCGGGUCGGGGAAGCACAGCGAGCGAAGGGGACGAUCGCCCAUAAAAGAUCUGGUCUCGGAGAUGAUGUUUCGGAAGAGCAGCCCGAUGAGGAUCGACUCGAAGAAUCCCGGCAGGUUCGUUGCUCGCGGCAAAGCAGUGUGGGAAUGGAUGUGCUGAUUCAGCAACACCAACCUGCACACUGUUCUCACGUAGCUGAUGAAUACCUGCAGAUCGACAAUGCAACACAACAAAAAUAUAUAUAUAAUAAUAAUGGCGCGAAUUCAUUCAA